CAUUCCACCCAGAGCUCAUAGAAGCAAUGAAAGGUAGCCUUUGCCAUGACUUCGAGACAGGCCUCCCCGCGGCGGAGGUAUGGGAGAUGUAUCGAGGUCUCCGUAUUAGCCAGGUAGUUCCUCAAUUGCUUCCCGAUAUCUUCAAAAAGGCCGAGCUUGUUGAAGGAGAUGGCGGUGUCGGGACAGUUUUGCAUCUCACCUUUUCUCAUGGGGUUGCUCCAUUAGAAUAUCAAAAGGAAAAGUUCAUCAAGAUUGACCAUGAAAACUAUGUCAAGGAGGCCAUAAUAGUAGAAGGAGGCCUUCUAGAUCAUGGAUUUCUGAAAUAUUUGAUGAGAAUUGAGAUUAUAGGGCAAAGCGAUAAAACAUCUACAAUAAGGUCAACCAUCGAAUAUGAAGUUGAUGACGAAAAGACAGGCAACACAUCCUUUGUCAGCACCAGUGCACUAGCUUGCCUGGCUGAGGCAAUCACAGAGUAUAUCAAGGCACAGAAAAGCGCCUGAGCAAGCUCGUGAAGAAACAGCAUAAGAAGAAAGCA